AUGGCUUCGCUAUUCUUUUCCACCCCUGUCGACAUCGAUGUCGUCCUAGACGACCUCGAUGAUCGCCAAACUGUCGAUGUCAAGCUCGAUAAGGCCCGCCGUGAGAGGGUCCCCUUGUACAUGGACGGAGAGUCCGUCAAGGGUGCGGUGACGAUCCGGCCAAAGGAUGGAAAGCGAUUGGAGCACACGGGAAUCAAAGUGCAAUUCAUUGGAACCAUUGAAAUGUUUUACGAUCGAGGCAACCACUACGAAUUCCUGUCACUUGUCCAAGAACUCGCCGCGCCCGGUGAGCUGCUGCACCCUCAAACCUUCCCAUUCAACUUCAAGAACGUCGAGAAGCAAUACGAAUCCUAUAAUGGCAUCAAUGUGAAACUGCGCUAUUUCGUGCGCGUGACGGUCUCGCGGCGCAUGGCCGACGUCAUCCGCGAAAAGGACCUCUGGGUGUAUUCGUACCGCAUGCCACCCGAGACCAACAGCCCUAUCAAGAUGGAUGUCGGGAUUGAAGACUGCCUGCAUAUUGAGUUCGAGUACUCCAAAUCCAAGUAUCACCUUAAGGACGUGAUUGUGGGUCGGAUCUAUUUCCUGCUCUACAAUGAGAGCGAGACACUGGUGCGAUUCGAGAUAAUGGAUGGCUCACCUUCUCGAGGUGAAACCAUCCCAAUCCGUCUGUUCCUCGGAGGCUUUGACCUGACGCCGACCUUCCGCGAUGUCAACAAGAAGUACUCGACACGAUACUAUCUCAGCCUGGUGCUGAUUGAUGAAGGUACGUUGUUGUGUUUCUAUAUCGGUCCCAAUGUAUCCAAUGAUGUUGUGGAGCAAGCAAGUGCCAAUGAUAUCUUAUCAAAAACCGUCGGCAAUUGCUUUACUAACAAUGGAACCUCCUUCAUUGCAGAUGCCCGUCGUUACUUUAAGCAGUCUGAGAUUGCCCUCUUCCGCCAAGCGCCCGAGAUUGCCGCGACUCCCCAGAUCGCCCAGCAGCAGCAAAUCCAACAGCAAGUUCUCCUCCAGCAACAGCAGCAGGCUCUGCCCCCAGGAUCUGCUACCGCAGGCCCUGGUCGUGAGGUGACGCCCAUUCGGCCGGCUCAGCCAGUUCAACCAGCUGAACAGGCACAGCAGCCCGUUUCGACGCCUGCGGCAUAA